GUUUUGAGUGCUCGGGCGGGCGGCGGCCGCCAUGUCGUCGCCCAUGUCGUCGUCGCCGCCGUGGGAGUUUCACCUGCCGCUGGCCCCGGGCGACCUGCUGUGCGGCGGCGGGCCCGGCGGCUACGUGGUGCAGGAGGUGCUGCCCGCGCGCGAGCUGGCCGCGUCGCUCGCAGCGUUCCGGGCCGCGGUUCGGGCGCGCGGCGCGCUCGCCGUGCUGCAGCACUUCGACACGCUCUACAGCCUGCUGCACCACUUCGAGGCCGUGGGCGCCGCUGUCAAGGAGGACGCGCUGGAGCUGAUGGUGCAAGUGGUCUCUCGUCAUUCCAACGACCUUCCUGCCGUCUUGGGUGAUUCUGGCCUGAGCCACGCGGACCGCGCUGCUCACCUCAAUGCUCUCAAGAUGAACUGCUAUUUGCUGACCGGUCUGGUGGAGGCCUUUGAAAUGGAAACCUGCAAGAGUGGUCUGGUGGAGCUGGAUCCUAGUGGAAAGAACAAGAAGAACCGCGCUAAAGCCUCUGGAUUCGCCUGGGAAGAGGAGAGGGAGCCACUCAUACGACUGCUCACGCAGCUGCUGCAGCUUGAUCUCCGCCGACUUUGGAGUAGUUUGGUGGUGGAAGAAGAAUUUGUCAGCUUAAUGACUGGAAGCUGCUACCGUAUCCUGGAGAAUCCAAGCAUUGGUCUGCAGAAGCAUCGAGCCACGCGGGAGGCAGUGACCCAUCUGCUUGCUGCGGCUUUGGUUCACUAUGAUCACAUGUUCAGUGCCACUCUGAAGAUCACGCAGAUGCUACAGCACUUUGAACAUGUGGCCCCAGCGUUUGCUCAGGCUGUGAGCCUCUGGGCUACAGAGUAUGGCUUGAAAAGCAUGGUGGGAGAACUGCUGAGGGAAAUUGGACAGAAAUGUCCACAGGAUCUGGCCCGUGAUGCUUCUGGAGUCARGGGUUAUGCUGUCUUUAUAACCGAACUGGCUGAACAAAUCCCAGCUGUGGUGUUGUCCCACAUGAGUGUUCUGCUCCGUCACUUGGAUGGGGAGAAUUACAUGAUGAGGAAUGCCGUUCUGGCGGCUGUGACAGAAGCCCUGCUGAAGGUGCUGAACGGCGACAACCUGGAGGAMGGUGCCCGGGGUACUCGGGACCAGUUCCUAGACAUCCUGCAGGCCCACGUCUGUGACACCAGCGGCUUCGUGCGCAGCCGGGUGCUGCAGCUCUUCACUCGCAUCGUUCAGUGCAAGGCCCUGCCUUUGACUCGAUUCCAGUCCGUGGUAUCUCUGGCUGUUGGGCGUCUCAAAGACAAAUCUGUGGUGGUGGUGAAAAAUGCCAUCCAGCUGUUGGCUGCCUUUUUGUCCAAUAAUCCCUUCUCCUGCAAGUUGAGCUGUACAGACUUGGUCGAACCACUCAAGAAAGAAGCGCAGAAGCUGCAAGAAAUGAGGAACCAGCGCAGAGCUACAGCUGCUGCAACAGUCACCCCAGAGGAAGAGUGGGAAGCGAUGCUGCCGGAGAUUAGAACUGUCGUGCAGGAACUCCUGCAACCACUGCAGGGAGAGGAAGAAGAGGUGCUGGAAGUGGAGGCAACUGCAGAGGAAACAUCAGAGCGAAUUGCUUGCCUGCUGAGGAAGCUAAAUUACAAGGAUGCAGUUCGCCUUACGCAGAAGGCUCUGUGUCAGUUCCAGGACCUGGAGCCCUUCAGUGGCCCCAGAGAGGGAAACGAGGAGGCUACAAUCCUGGAUGUUCUGAAAAGACUCUACACAGGUUUAUGCCCAGGUGAGAAAACCGAGGAUCCCCCACGUGGCAGCUGUAGUCCUGUGACCAAAGAUGGUGCACURGAAGAGCAGCCUCAAACAGAUCUGGUAAAGCAGGAGAUGUUGGUGCAGUAUCUGCAAGAUGCUUACAACUUCUCAGUGAAAAUCACAGAAGCCCUGGGUCUCGUCAGCAAGAUGAUGUAUGAAAACUCUGUCUCAGUGGUGCAGGAAGCCAUCGAGUUCUUUGUGACGGUGUCGCAGUUCAGCGUGCCGCAGGCAGUGCUCGGAGUGCGCAGGAUGCUGCCCCUCGUGUGGUCCAAGGAGGCUGGCGUUAAGGAGGCCGUGCUGAGCGCCUACAGGCGGCUCUACCUCAGCCCUGCUGGGGAUUCGGAGAGGGCAAGGGCCCAGAGCCUGGUGCGGUCCCUCUCUCUCAUCAUGGUGGACGCCUCGCUAGGAACAUUACAGUGCUUAGAGGAAAUAAUCUCGGAGUUUGUGCAGAAGGAUGAACUAAAGCCUGCCGUGACGCAGCUGCUGUGGGAGCAGUUCACAGGGAAGUGUCCGUGCUCGCUGCUGGAGCGCCGCGCUGCCGUGCUGCUGCUGGGCAUGAUGGCGCGAGGCAAGCCAGAGAUCAUAGGUAGCAACCUGGAUGUCUUGGUGACCAUAGGUUUCUCUGAGAAGGUCUGUGAAGACUACCGCCUGGCUCAGGAAGUGUGCAGUGCCAUCUCCAAGCUUGCCAGCAAUUCUAAGCCGGCGCUGGGCAGGAACGCGGCCCCUUUUCGGCUGCCGCAGAGCCACGCGCUCUUCAGCAGCCUGAGCGAGGCUGUGAGCAAAGGCUUCGCCCAGCCCAGUGGCCACUGGAUCCCUUUCAUGGAGGCUGCAAUAACACUUACCUACCAGCUGGCGGAAGGGGCAGAGGAGAUUUGUGCUCGCAUCCUGCACGAGUGCAGUCRGCAAGCUCUGGAGAAGCUGCAGGAUGCUGAUGGGCAGAAAGCAGAGCCAGGGGCUUCUCCCAGCAGUGUCGCUGACGGCGCGAGCAGCCUCCCUACCUUCCUGCUGAUGCACCUGGUGUCCCUUGUGGGCCAGGUGGCCGUACAGCAGGUAGCGUAUUUGGAAGUGUGUGUGAGCACCGAGCUGYGCAGGCGUCGCAUCCUCGGCGAGGAGCAGAAGGCCAAGCAGCAGCGCCCUGAAGGCAGCGCAAAGAAACACAGACCCCAGAGCACUGGAAAUGAGACCACAAUGGAGGAGGAGCUGGGCCUCGUGGGAGCCUCGGCUGACGACACGGAGGCUGAGCUCAUCCGCAGUAUCUGCGAGACUGAGCUUCUGGAUGACAAACACCUGAUCUCUGCCUUUGUUCCGCUGGUGCUCAAGAUCUGCAACAACCCCGGGCUCUACAGUGAUCCAGCACUCUCGGCUGCUGCCGCCCUGGCUCUAGGCAAAGUCUGCAUGAUCAGCUCUGAGUUCUGCGACUCCCACUUGCGCUUGCUGUUCACCAUGAUGGAGAAGUCCACUCUGCCUGGAGUGAGAUCCAACCUCAUGAUUGCAGCAGGAGAUCUGGCCAUCCGCUUCCCCAAUCUGGUGGAGCCUUGGACACCACACCUCUACGCCAGGUUGCGGGACCCCUGCCAAAAUGUGAGGCAGACAGCUGGGCUGGUCAUGACUCACCUCAUCCUCAAAGACAUGGUAAAGGUGAAGGGGCAAGUGAGUGAAAUGGCAGCUCUGCUCAUGGACCCGGAGGAGGCAAUCGUGGGACUGGCUCAGAACUUCUUCAGCGAACUCUCCAACAAGGGCAACGCCAUCUACAACCUGCUUCCGGACAUCAUCAGUCGUCUCUCGGAUCCCGAGUGCGGUGUGGAUGAGGAAUCCUUCCGCACUAUUAUGAGGCAUUUGUUCUCCUAUAUCACAAAAGAUAAGCAGACAGAGAGUUUGGUGGAGAAACUUUGUCAGCGAUUUCGGACUGCCAGGACUGAGCGUCAAUACCGGGAUCUGUCUCACUGCCUUACUCUGCUUCCCCUCACGGAGCGGGGCCUUCACAAGCUGCAGGAUAACUUUGACUGCUUUGCAGACAAGCUCCAAGACCCGGCUGUCUACAGCUGUUUCCAGGCUGUGCUCCUUCGGUUCCGCAGAGCAGUCAGCAAGACYGAGUCUAAGGCUCUGGYGGAGGAGCUGGAGCAGAAGCUGCAGGCUCGGCACAACCGGGGCCUGGAUGCGGCCGAGCCGGGCCAGGAAGGCAGCGGGACSCGCGCGCCCGAGCCGGCCAAGCAGCGGCCAGCGGGAGGCUCCCAGCGGCAGCCCUUGAGCGCAGCCAACAGGACCGCCGAGGAGUCCUUUGUCACACCUCCUCCUCGUGCACCCCGAAGCUGUAAGCGUGCCCAGAAGCGGCGCCCACCCAAAAAGCCCAUCCUCAUCUUCUCCAGCGACGAGGAGAACAGCUCUGAGGAGGAAUUUGCAGCAGAAUUAACCGAGGAAGAAACACCCACAAAAACAACUCCCAUCACCAGAUCUUCAGCCCGCCGGCUGCGCUGAGGGAACCAUCUGCCACUUUCUUUAAAAAUAAAAGUGAUUUUAUGCA